AUGGCAUUUUAUAAUAAAUUACAAUGUUUUAUACUAAUUUGUUUCCUUAUAUUUGAAGGAAGUGGUUUCUUUUUUUUUCAAAGACCUGAAAUUAUUGAAAUUAAAAAUGGUAUUGGAAGACCAAAUUUGAUUAGGUUAAAAAAAAGUAUUGAUAUGAAAGAAUUUUGUAGUCAAGAUAAUGCUUUAGAUUGUUUAAUGCUUUCUGAAAUUACAGAUGUAAAGCAGUGUUUAAAUGUUAUUUGUAAAAAAUGUUACCAAACAAGUGACUAUAAAGAUAUUGCAAAAAUUUGCAAAUUUAUCUAA